GUAUAUAAGAAACGGUAAGAUAAAUUUAGUCAUACAAUAUUCCAACCGGUUUAACGAAUUGAGAUUAACGACAAAAUGAACAUGAUAUAUGUGCUAUCUGCGCUCGUCCUUAUAAGAUUAUCGCAAAGUGGACCACUGUCGGAUAGAUUAGAAUGUCCACAGUGCAUGCACUUGGGAUGGAAGCUGAUCAACAUGCCCGCCAUGAUUGCUGACUCCGUCAACCAAAUAUUGGAACCUAUUUUGGAUCAGUACAGCAACACAGCAUGCGAGGGUAACACAGCGGCUUCUGAAAUGUGCCCCAUCACCGCCGUGAUUGGCACCAGUGUAUGCGACAGCUUUAAUGUUAAAAUAACCGCAAUUGGGAUGACCGAUGCCAACCUUCCUGAUUCGGGUAUGGAGGUGUCCGUUGUGAUCAGAAGUUGUGGAGUACUUAUGAGUGGUGACACCCCGAAAUGCACACCGAUUCUUGACCUCGUAGAGGCCGAACAGAAAGCGAACUUCCUCUCCCAGCUAUCAGCGUUGUCUGCCCAAUAUAAGACAGUCACAUACAAUGGACAUCAUUGUCAGUCGGUUGACGGCUCUUCAUGGCCCAACAUCACUAACUCAUCAACCAUUGACGAGGGUAAUGCUGGAAACAGUGUGGACUUAGCUAGUUAUCUAAUUAUUAUGUGUUUGGUGAUUCGUCGCUUGUAUGAGUAAAAAAACAGUACAACUCUGUUAAUUACAGAAGCAGCAAAUAUGUUGAAGACCGUGAACUGUUUGAAUGUUUAUCUCUCUAAGACUAUAAUCUAGAAUUGCAUUAUUUUGUGUCAUCAAUUUCGGGACAUCCGAAAUACCGCUCAUUAAAUAAUUCAACUGUAACGGUAAACAAGAAACUGUUAAAAUAGAAAUUGCUAUUUGGAAAUCAAAUCAUUCAGUGUUUAAUAUUCCAGAAGUCAUAUAUAUAUAAAAGAUUUUAAAAUAAGCUAUACCACGCUGAACGCAUUAAGUGUAUAUAAAUCUGUAUUGAAAUUGUGUUACUGGUUUUUAUCUGUCUUUUGGUUAUCAAUUAAAUGUGAACAAGAA